ACAAACAAACAAACGCUUUCUCGCCUUAGUGGGGCGAGCUCAGGCUCGCCCCAACUCAGGCUCGCCCCAAUAAAUGGAAUAUGGAAAGAAUACACUCUUCGGUGCUUUUGUUUCUAGAUAUAUUGAAAUGUACUUUUUAUCUCCUUCUUAUCUGGUUCUUUCUUGCAGCUAUCCCUAACUAUCAAUCUCCAGAGACAGUAGGUUGUACUGCACGUGAUUGUAAGGAACUGUAUGAUCAGGGACAUGCUUGUAGUGGAGUGUACACUAUCAAACCAGAUAUGCUACCUGCUUUUGAGGUUUAUUGUGAUAUGAGUAAUGGUGGUGGUUGGACUGUAUUUCAAAGGAGAAUGGAUGGUUCUGUUGACUUUUAUCUCAAGUGGGCUGACUACCAAAAAGGAUUUGGAGACCUCAAUGGAGAGUUCUGGCUGGGACUUGAUAAAAUACACCGACUCACAGCAACAGGCAGUGCUAGCCUACGUGUUGACUUGGAAGAUUUUGAAGGUGUUAGUGUGUUUGCUCAUUAUUCUACAUUUAUAGUUGGAAAUCCACAUACAAAAUAUACACUAACAGUAGGAGGAUACAGUGGGAAUGCUGGAGACAGCUUAUCUGUUCAUGAUAAGAUGAAAUUUUCAACUCAUGAUCAUGACAAUGAUAUUGAUGAUGUUCAAUGUGCUAGUACAUACAAAGGAGCAUGGUGGUACUUUAAGUGUCAUUAUUCAAAUCUUAAUGGUUUAUAUUUGACUGGUACUCAUAGCACAUUUGCUAAUGGAGUGAACUGGCUAGAUUUCAAAGGCUAUCAUUAUUCCUUGAAGGUGUCUGAAAUGAAAAUUAAUAGGAAACACCAUUUUCAUUGGAGGAUAAUAAAUAUAGACCUCUAUAUGGCUGCUAUGGAUUUAAAUGAUGAGAACUUGAAUAACAGGUUGAAUGAUCAGAACUUAAAUCAUCAGAACUCAAAUGAUCGGAUGGAUAUUGCAAGGCUACAUACCUUAGUGCUUUUCAUACUGGAUACCAUGAUAACUAUUUUUUGUCUACUGUUUCUUAUCUGGUUUUUUGUUGGAACCAUCAUCACUAUCAAUCAAUACAAUUCUGAUAAUCAAGAGACAGGUUGUAUUGCAUAUGAUUGUAAGGAUAAUAGAUCUAAUGAUUCUGGUCAUCACGAGACAACCAUAGUGAAAACAAGCUGUACUGCAUGUGAUUGUAUUGAAUCUGAUCGUCAAGACACAAACAUAGCUGAGACAAGCUGCUUUGCACAGGAUUGUAAGGAACUCUAUAAGCAGGGAUAUAAUUGUAGUGGAGUUUACACUAUCAAACCUGAUGAACUAUCUGCUUUUAAGGUUUAUUGUGAUAUGAGUAAUGGUGGUGGUUGGACUGUAUUUCAAAGGAGAAUGGAUGGCUCGGUUAACUUUUAUCUCAAGUGGGCCGACUACCAAAAAGGAUUUGGAGAUCUCAAUGGAGAGUUCUGGCUGGGACUUGAUAAAAUACACCGACUCACAGCAACAGGCAAUACUAGCCUACGUGUUGACCUAAAGGAUUUUGAAGGUGUCAGUAGGUUUGCUCAUUAUUCUACAUUUAUAGUAGAAGGUACACACACUAGCUACACACUAACAGUAGGAGGAUACAGUGGGAAUGCUGGGGACAGCUUAUCUGGUCAUCAUAAUAAUAUGAAAUUUUCAACUCAUGAUCAUGACAAUGAUAUCUAUGAUGGUAACUGUGCUCUUGCAUACAAAGGAGCAUGGUGGUACUCUAAAUGUCAUGCUUCAAAUCUUAAUGGUUGGUAUUUGGCUGGUACACAUAGCACAUAUGCUGAUGGAGUGAUGUGGGCACAUUUUAAAGGCCUUCAUUAUUCUUUGAAGGUGUCUGAAAUGAAAAUUAAUAGGAAAUAAGAGCAUUGUCAUUUUCCUUAGUAGUUACCU